CGUGAUAAAGUGCUAAUGAUGUUUUCUGUCACUUGGUUUUACUCAAAAACUUUAACAAUCAUCUUAGAGGACAACUGUUCUAUCAGAUUAAUUAAAAAUGGACGCAGUUUAUGAAAAUUCACCUUACAUCCGGUCAACAGCUGAUCCAAAAUGCAAAUCUUCUAAAUCCAAGGGUCAGGCAGAAGCGACUCCCUGCAAGAGAACUAAAGUUCUUCUGAUAGUUCUCUGUGUCUCAGUUGUUCUUUUAAUUGGGGGUCUCUGUGUUCUGGGGGUCCUGUAUUCUAAAUUGCUGCAUGAGAUGCCUCAAGACAUGAACAACACAAAUUAUAAAAUGGAGUUGGAAGCACUCAAUACCCAAUACGAGGAGACGCUUAGAAAGUUAAACAGAUUAAAUGCGAGCACAGGUUGUGCACUUUGUGCCGUUAACUGGACUCAUUUCGAAGGAAAAUGUUAUUUCUUUUCUACUGUAAAGAUGAACUGGACCCUGAGUCGAGAUCACUGUGUGACUCUGGGAGGACACCUGGUCAUAAUCGACAACAACACAGAGCAGGCUUUUCUGACAUCUAAUGUUAAAAUCACUCACUGGAUUGGACUCAAUGAUAUAGAGAUCGAAGGACGAUGGGUUUGGGUGAAUAACCAGCCACUCAAUGACUCCAUAGAAUUCUGGAUCAAACGGGAGAAUGGUGUCAGAGAGCCAGAUAACUGGAUUAAAGAUCAUCCAGCAGGUGAGGACUGUGCUAGUCUGGGACACCCGGCGGGAGAAACUGAUUUCUGGACUGACGCUUUCUGCUUUCAAGAGAAAAGAUUUGUGUGUGAAGCUCCUGCCUCCGUUUAACUUUGCGAGAGUGAAAGGUUUCUGUGCAUCCCUGCUAACAAACAUGUAGAUAUCAUUCAUUUCUUAAGGUUUGAUGACAACCAGAACGGUGGCUACUCACUUCUGAAUCCAUUAUUGACACAAAGUUCUGUUGUGGGUUUUUUCGGGCUAUGGACUUAAACUUUAGAUCAGCUGUGAUUUUGAGUGAAGUGAUUUUGAGUGAAGUUUUCAAUAAAUUGCCCACUCUCUGAUUUUUUUGUCUCUUGCUCCUGUUUCUUGUCUUGACCUUUUGAAGCAGUACUUGCAACCUGGUUACGAUCCACCAGCGAGAAAUGCGAAUACUUGUAAUGUUUCCCCGGGUCUUAAGAUUUUGUUUAGGAGUGUACAUUGCACACAUUCAGAGAGAAAACAAUGCAAGGCCGUGAAUUCUCCAUGUAGUUUUCCCAAUUACUCCAACGGUUCUUUCAACGAGAUGAUUAUGACGUCUCGCUGAAACGCUGUAAUUCAAAGGGACAAAAUAUUCUCAU